GGUGGCCGCGCCGGGCACAGCAUGGCUGCCAAGGUGGCUCUAACCAAAAGAGCUGAUCCAGCUGAGUUGAAAACAAUAUUUUUGAAGUACGCAAGUGUGGAGAAGAAUGGAGAAUUCUUCAUGUCUCCUAAUGACUUUGUCACACGGUACCUGAAGAUAAUUGGAGAUGAUUUGCCUAAUGCAAACACAGUGCAGCUCCUUGCAGGUGUGGUGGAUCAGACAAAAGAUGGGUUGAUAUCCUUUCAAGAGUUUGUGGCAUUUGAAUCAGUCCUGUGUGCUCCAGAUGCAUUGUUCAUAGUAGCCUUUCAGCUGUUUGACAAGACUGGCAAAGGAGAAGUUACUUUUGAGGAUGCUAAACAAGUUUUUGGCCAGACCACGAUUCAUCAGCACAUUCCUUUUAACUGGAAUUCAGAGUUUGUACAGCUGCAUUUUGGAAAGGAUAGAAAAAGACACCUAACAUACCCGGAGUUCACUCAGUUUUUACUGGAGAUACAGUUAGAACAUGCAAAACAAGCCUUUGUACAGAGAGACAAUGCUCAGUCUGGAAAAGUCACAGCUAUGGACUUCAGGGACAUUAUGGUCACUAUCCGGCCACACAUGCUGACACCAUUUGUAGAAGAAUGUCUAGUAGCUGCUGCUGGAGGUACCACUUCCCAUCAGGUCAGCUUUUCCUAUUUUAAUGGAUUUAAUUCUCUCCUUAACAACAUGGAGCUCAUUAGAAAGAUCUACAGUACUCUGGCUGGAAAUAGAAAAGAUGUGGAAGUCACUAAGGAGGAGUUUGUUCUGGCAGCCCAGAAGUUUGGUCAGGUUACACCCAUGGAAGUUGACAUCUUGUUUCAGUUAGCAGAUCUUUAUGAGCCAAGGGGGCGCAUGACGUUAGCUGAUAUUGAAAGAAUCGCUCCUCUGGAGGAAGGGACAUUGCCCUACAACCUGGCUGAGGCUCAGAGGCAGAAAGCUUCAGGCGAUGUGUCUCGACCUGUUCUCAUCCAGAUUGCAGAAUCAGCAUAUAGGUUUGCCCUGGGUUCAGUUGCUGGAGCUGUUGGAGCCACUGCAGUCUACCCAAUUGAUUUAGUGAAGACUCGCAUGCAAAACCAGCGUUCUACAGGUUCUUUUGUGGGAGAACUUAUGUAUAAAAACAGCUUUGAUUGUUUCAAGAAAGUGCUACGUUAUGAAGGUUUCUUUGGGCUUUAUCGAGGUCUGUUACCACAGCUGUUAGGAGUAGCACCAGAGAAGGCCAUAAAACUUACUGUUAAUGAUUUUGUGAGAGAUAAGUUUAGGACUAAAGAUGGAUCUGUCCCGCUGGCUGCAGAAAUUCUUGCUGGUGGCUGUGCUGGAGGUUCUCAAGUAAUCUUUACCAAUCCACUGGAAAUUGUCAAGAUUCGAUUGCAGGUGGCUGGAGAAAUUACUACUGGUCCACGAGUUAGUGCCCUCAGUGUAUUAAGAGACUUAGGUUUCUUUGGUCUUUACAAGGGUGCUAAGGCAUGUUUUUUGCGUGACAUCCCCUUCUCUGCCAUUUACUUCCCCUGUUACGCUCAUUUGAAAGCUUCAUUUACAAAUGAAGAUGGGAGGGUUAGCCCUGGAAAUCUGCUCUUGGCUGGAUCAAUAGCUGGUAUGCCUGCAGCCUCUCUGGUCACCCCUGCAGAUGUGAUCAAAACAAGGCUACAGGUGGCAGCCCGAGCAGGACAGACCACCUACAGUGGUGUUGUGGACUGUUUUGCCAAGAUCCUGCGGGAAGAAGGUCCAAAGGCUCUCUGGAAAGGAGCAGGAGCUCGUGUAUUUCGAUCUUCUCCUCAGUUUGGUGUAACUCUGGUGACUUACGAGCUACUGCAGAGAUGGUUUUAUGUGGACUUUGGAGGAGUAAAACCAGCUGGAUCAGAGACAGUUCCUAAAUCUAGGAUCACGCUCCCCGCUCCUAACCCUGACCAUGUUGGUGGUUAUAAAUUGGCAGUUGCCACUUUUGCAGGGAUUGAAAACAAGUUUGGACUUUACCUACCUCGAUUUAAGCCAUCGCCACCUACCUCAAAGGCUGCUGCAGCAGUAGGACCCUAAGUUUAUUGCUGUAGGGUUUUUGUUAUUAGUUGGG